GCGGACUCUCGGGAGCGGUUUCCGGGUUUCCCUUCCUGGGCUGGGACGGCGGCGAGAGUCUCAAAAAAAAGAAAAGAAGCAGCUCCCGUUGAUUAGGAACAAUCCCGCUGAGGUGUUUUUACCAGUAAGCUCGUCAGACGUCCAGUAAACAGGAGCGAUGUCUGAAAAAGGGAAGUUCCCAGAUGCGACAGGUUAUGUAGGUUUUGCCAACCUUCCAAACCAAGUUCACAGAAAAUCUGUGAAGAAAGGCUUUGAAUUUACCCUAAUGGUUGUAGGGGAGUCUGGUUUGGGCAAAUCGACACUUAUAAACAGCCUGUUUCUCACUGAUCUCUACCCUGAACGCUUCAUCCCUGGUGCCGCAGAGAAGAUUGAGAGGACGGUGCAGAUUGAAGCAUCGACCGUUGAGAUUGAGGAGAGAGGAGUGAAGCUUCGUCUCACUGUGGUCGACACCCCUGGAUACGGCGACGCCAUCAACAGCCAGGACUGCUUCAAGACCAUCAUCCAGUACAUUGACAAUCAGUUUGAACGGUACCUCCAUGACGAGAGCGGACUGAACCGAAGACACAUUGUGGACAACAGGGUGCACUGCUGCUUCUACUUCAUAUCUCCGUUUGGACAUGGUCUAAAGCCGCUGGAUGUGGAGUUCAUGAAGGCCAUCCACAGCAAAGUCAACAUCGUUCCAGUCAUCGCCAAGGCUGACACAUUGACACUGAGGGAGAGGGAUCGCCUGAAGAGGAGGAUCCUGGAUGAGAUCGCCGAGCACGGGAUCAGAAUCUAUCAGCUGCCUGACGCAGACUCCGACGAGGACGAGGAGUUCAAGGAGCAGACAAGAGUCCUGAAGGCGAGCAUUCCCUUUGCUGUGAUCGGCUCCAAUCAGCUGAUUGAGGUGAAGGGGAAGAAGAUCCGUGGUCGUCUCUAUCCCUGGGGAGUGGUUGAAGUGGAGAACCCUGAGCACAAUGACUUCCUCAAACUACGCACCAUGCUUGUGACCCACAUGCAGGACCUGCAGGAGGUGACUCAGGAUCUGCACUACGAGAACUUCCGCUCCGAGAGGCUGAAGAGAACGGGCAGGGAUGCGGAUGAGGAGGUGAUGGAUAAGGACCAGAUCCUGCUACAGAAAGAGGCCGAGCUGAGACGCAUGCAGGAGAUGAUCACUCAGAUGCAGGCGCAGAUGAAGAUGAAAUCUGACGAGUGAAAAGAUUGACAGGAGAAGAGAAGAAAGCACAGUGAUCUUAAUAAACACACACACACACACACACACACACACACACACACACACACACACACACACACACACACAGUCCUCCUCUGAAUCCAUCACUGCCUGUUGCCCCCUGCCGACCCACCAGGAGCCCACGAUCACAUCAUCUUCAUCUGCACGCCCCAUCGUCAUCAUCUUCCCUCAACACAUCCAUCAGGUGUUCACAGGCUCACCUUGUUUUUUCUAUUUGUAAUUUGUUUUCAAAAACCCAAGACUCACUUUUUCAAAAGUACGACAUUAAUAAUAUUUGAUUACUUGACAACAUUGACAUUUAUUCAUCAUUUAGUUGUUGAUCUUAAUCAUGAUCCACAGAGCUUCCAGGGACAACAGACUGUUUACAAACAUAUUUGCGAUAAUCCUGCAAUUUGUUCAUGUCGAAGUCUCAGUUGACACAUUUUCCAGUAUUUUGCUUUCACUAUAAGACUAGUUUGAACAUUUAUUUACUUAAAAGUGAGAAAACUAUUUACUUAUAAUGCUUUUUAUUGGUUUGUGACUCUCUGAGAAUCUUCUUCAUCUUUGAACGGUUUCAAACUUUCCGAACGUGUUGGCUUCAGUCUCAUCACCCGAAGCCUUUAACUAUCACCACAGUGAAAUGUUAGCGUGGUUGUGACCGAGGUGAACUGUCCAUGUUCAGAACGAGGAAUCCUCUAGUGUCCGGGUUUCUGGGCAAAAUAUUUGCCUGUAGUUGCCCUAGAUUGGAAACCUUUAUUUUUUUUAGAUGCAUUCAAUUUGAGGUGAAUGUUUGUCUUUUAGUUUGAAAAGCUGUUAAACUCAUUUACACUCCGUUACACAGAGAAACCAGCAUCCUGUAGGAUCGUGCAUAAUUAAAUUAAAAGUGCCAUGUUGUUAAUAUCUUAUUUUAUUUAUCAUCAACAGCUGCAUGAUCUUAACGCCGGUGCCAAACCACAGACUUAAAACUAAUCAAACAAGUCCAGUGGUUUAUUGUGUAUUUGGUUUAGUAACAUUUGUACGCUACAUGGGCAGUUCUUAAUCAUACUGUGUGGAGCUUCUCCCAUUUAAAUAUCCACUACUAUAAUAUGUAACUGCUCUUCGUGUAGACUCCCUCCAGCCUUCUGACUUUUCUUCAGCGAUGCCAUCAGACUGUCGUUGACGUUCCACCAGCAUGCUUGUUUUGUUUCUGUCUUUUGCUCUCAUGCAUAUUUGUCUGUUGUAAUCACAUAGACAAAACACAACUAUCAUUUCUUAAUCAAAUGUCAGUAAAGUCUUGUUUUUUUAAUGUCAACAUUUUUUAGAUUUCUCUCUGAAAUAAAAAUUUGUUUAGAGAAAAAAA